AUGAGUGCUGUGCCAGAAUGCCCAUUCCACUACUACUCACUUCCACAACUCUGGGAAUAUGCAUUAAGUAACAUUAUCAACGUCGAGAAAAAGCCAAAUGGUGAAAAAGGUUCACGUUACUUAUUGGAGCUCAACGUAACCCUACUUCAAAAUAACAACAAGACAUCUAUAUUGUCAGAAUAUAUCUACCACAAUAAAUUUACCGAUCAGCUGUGCUACCCAGAAGACCUUGCUUGGAAUAGAAGGGCUAACAUUACCAUAGUAAUUUGUUUGCGAAACCUCGGAAGCUGGUUCAAACACUUCCUUGACAACUUGCAGUUCAUCUAYGUUACAACAAAAGACGAAAACAUCUCACUGUUGGUUUUYGAUUUUGAMAGUGAAGACAUUGACCUUAGAGUUGAGCUAGAGAAGCGAAUACUUCCACCCUAUAAAUUGAUAAAAAGAUCCGGGAUUUUCUCAAAGAGGAUUGCUCUAAACACUGCCCUUAGAUCUUUACAAGAUAAUCACACCAUUGCGUUUCUUUUCGAUCUUCACCUAGAAAUUCCGAUCACCAUAUUUGAUGAUGCACGAAAGCAUUGCGUUGAAGGUAAAUCCGUCUACACGCCCAUUAUUACAAGACUUAAGUGUGGAAAGACGCCGGCGGACCCCGCUGGAUAUUGGGAACAACAAGGAUUUGGUAUCAUAGCACUAUAUAAGUCUGACUGGGACAGAAUAGGGGGACUAAACGAGAAAAGUGGAACGUACCUGUGGGGAAGUGAAGACUGGGAGCUAAUGGAGAAUAUUGUUUCACGUGGUGGACUGGAAUACGAGCGUUUGAAGAAUUUUAAAAUGUUUCACUUCAAGCAUUCAAAAAAGGGUUUAUGGACUGGGGACAAGAAUUUCGGAGCAACAUCAUUCUCAGACUGAUCCCAUUCACUUCGAGGCUUACAUGCUCAUGGAACCGUUUGGUCUGGUCACUGAUCAACCAAUCUUUAAUAAUUGCAACUCCAACGUGCCUCAUUUCUUAUGUGCUGGGGCCAAACACAAAAAAUGUUUUACUAAAAUUUUUCAUUUUUCAAUUGAGUCAAGGUUACAUAAAGAGGGGCUUAAUUUUUAUUCAUUUCAGUUCUAGCAAAGUGUGUUUCUGUAUUCUAUUGUGUUUACAUAACUGAGAUUCUUCAGGAAAGAGUAAAUUAUCUUCAAAAUGAGAUCUUACUAAUAGUGACAAUUUCUKCACUAAAUGAAAUCGUAUAUUUAAAUUAUGACUUCUGAAGGCACAAUUAUACUGUGAUCUUAAAUUUCAAACGUUUUUCCUUUCAYGGCUUCAUGAUCAGUGAAUUAAUGCAAAUACAAAGUGCUUUGACGAGAGUUAUAAAGAUUGGGCUCUCAUUGAUUAUUCUAUUGAAAGAAAACAUCCUAUACAACCCUUCAUGCUGCUSUUCUUGUGAUUGCGUAUUUCUAAAGGUUCUAUUGUUCUGUGCGUGUUAAGAUUAUUUAGGUUAGAAUGUAAAACUUCACAAGAGAUGUCUUUUUGCUAGUAUUUCUCACAUUAAAGAUUUCA